AUGGAGACGCUAAACCCACAACACUUGCACAAGAGUGAUGACAAAGAUGAAAUUGUCAAUUGUCAGGAUAUAGAAAGAGAAGCUCAGUUCUCGAUUCCGAAACAGGAUGCUUUGAGCUUACUGGCAAUGGGUAGCUUGAGCUUGAUGGCUGCGCUGGAUGGGACGUCGAUUUCGGUUGCUUUGCCAAUAAUGUCUCAUGAGCUGGGAGGAACCGCAAUCGAAGCAUUCUGGACCGGAACCUCAUUCACGCUGUGCUCUGCCGUCUUUCAGCCAGUAUUCUCUUCAUUAUCGGACUUGUUCGGUCGGAAACCAUUGGUGCUUGUCGCGAUCGCAUGGUUUACCAUUGGAGCAAUUGUGGCCGGGGUCGCCAAUAACUUCACCCACAUGCUCAUCGGUCGGUCUCUGCAGGGCAUUGGAGGCGGCGGUAUCAUCACCCUCACCGCUAUCCUCAUUGUGGAUAUUGUGCCGCUUAGCGAAAGAGCAAAAUACUUUGGGAUGCUUAGUGCGAUCUGGAGUUUGGGAACGGUGGCGGGGCCUGUCAUUGGAGGUUGCUUUGCAGAAAAGGUCACAUGGCGCUGGAUCUUCUAUAUCAAUUUCCCCUUUAUUGGAAUCGGGGUGAUCUUGGUUGCUUGGUCGUCUAACCUUCGGCCGAGAAUUGAGACCAUUGCUAGUCAGGUACGAAAGAUUGACUUUAUUGGAAUCGCCCUUUUUAUUCCAAGUUGUGCUUCAUUCUUGAUACCCCUGACCUGGGGAGGUGUGCUAUACCCCUGGGACUCAUGGCGCACAUUGGCCCCAUUGAUUAUCGGGUCAGUCGGACUCUGCAUAUUCGCGAUAUUUGAAUGGCGAGUUGCACGACACCCAAUGAUCCCACCAGCAAUCUUUCAUAAUCGAACGGCCCUCAUAUCAUUUGCCGGAUACGCUGCUGUCGGUCUGCUUGUCUGGUGCUGUCUAUACUUCCUUCCUCUCUACUACGAAGCCGUGAAGGGAUACAAGCCUAUAUUGACCGGGAUCGCUCUUUUCCCCGAGACAUUCACUGUUGCUCCGAGCGGAGUAAUUGUUGGCCUUCUCAUCAAUAGAACAGGUCUGUACUACUGGGCUGUCUGCAUCGGAUGGUGUCUUUCGACUAUUGGAAUGGGCCUGCUAUGUCUAUUGAACUCGCAAACUGGAACCGUUACUUGGAUUUUCCUGAAUCUCGUGCCAGGCAUUGGUAUCGGAAUGGUUCUUCCCUCUGUCGCACUAGCCGUACAGGCAUCGGCAACUGCCGAGAACCUCGCGAUUACAGUGGCUACAUCCACUUCUUUCCGAGGGUUUGGGCAGUCUAUCGGCGUCGCGAUUGGUGGUGUCAUCUUUCAAAAUCGGAUGAAGAGCAAUCUAUUGCAUUAUCCUGCCCUGCAAUCAUUAGCGGAUAAAUACAGCGGUGAUGCAGCUAGCGCGGUGGAAAUUAUCAGAGGAAUGCAUGGUCAGGUCAAGGAGGAUCUUAAGCAGGCUUACGCUGAUAGUUUGAAAAUCGUGUGGGCAUUUUGCUGCGUCAUUUCAGGAUUGAUAUUUAUCAUCAGCCUGUUCACCCAGUCUUAUGAUUUGAACCAGACUCUUACUACGAAGCGAGGCUCCCAAGAGGAGAAAGUAUAUAAGCGGGAGAAUGAGACUACUGGUGAUUGA